UCUUCUCAUACACUUGGAGGCCUGCCACACUGAUGUACUCUAGCCUCUGAACACACACAAGAAAUAACAAACCUUGCAUUGGAGUUCAACGCAGACAGUAUUUUCAUAUUUUAUCAUUUUGCUUUGGAUGUGCAGCAACAAAGUUGUAUCAAGCUAUCUUUUGACAUCACCUGGAUUAUGAACAAAGGUUUGACUUUAAAAGAUAGAAGACACACACUCUGCAUUCUAAAUAGAACUAGAAAGGCUUAAAAGACUUCAACUGGCAAAUGCAAAACAUGCAGGUCAUAGGUUAACCAGACCAGCGGACUUACUGCUGAAGCUUUUAUGAAGGGGGAUAAUAAUGAAAUACUGCUAAAACAAAAAGACAAAUGAACAAAGAUCAUCCACUGGAUCUAGGCCAUCGGGCCACCAUGGAUUUAAUGAACGGCUAAAUUCUUUACAAGAACAAGGUAAAGAUAAGAAUAAUUUAACAGUUCUAAAAUAAAGGUUUAAAAAGUUAAAAGACCAACCAUUCGGGAUGAGGGAAGACACAUUGUGCUCUCAGCAGAAGAAACAGUCAUGUUAGUAAAUAUAGAUGGACAAUUGAAAACUGAAGGACAUUUGAAUUGGUUAUUAUUUUCCUGAAAUGAAGCAAAAAAAGACCAAAAAGAAAAAACUUUCACCGAUAGCAGAAGAAAAAUCAAUUCAUUUGGAUGUCAUUAUUAUGAAGAUAUCUACUUUACCUCGUGAAUUCCCGUUUUAAAGAGGGGGGAAAAAAAUGGAUAUCCAAAAUUCCACAGAACAUAAUUGCACUUCGGAACAACUAACAAAAGGGAUUACAAGCAAGAUUCUUGUUUCACUUAUAUUGUCUAUAUUGACAUUGAUGACAACUGCAAUAAACUCUCUCGUAAUUGCUGCAAUAAUUGUGACACGGAAGCUCCAUCAUCCUGCCAACUAUUUGAUAUGCUCCCUUGCGGUGACAGACUUUCUUGUUGCCGUAUUGGUGAUGCCUUUCAGUAUUAUAUAUAUCAUAAAAGAAACAUGGCUUAUGGGCCAAGCUGUGUGUGACAUCUGGUUAAGUGUUGAUAUAACGUGCUGCACAUGUUCUAUAUUACAUCUGUCAGCCAUCGCACUUGAUCGUUAUAGAGCUAUUACCGAUGCAGUGGAAUACGCAAGAAAAAGAACGCCUCAACACGCUGCCUUCAUGAUCGCGGUGGUCUGGAUUCUUUCCAUUUUUAUAUCUUUGCCAAUUUUGUUUUGGCGGCACCAAAGCGACACCAGAGAAGACGAGUGCAUCAUUAAACACGACCAUAUUGUUUUUACCAUAUAUUCUACAUUCGGGGCAUUUUAUAUCCCGUUGGUGUUGAUACUUAUUCUCUAUUACAAAAUCUAUAAGGCAGCAAAAUCGUUAUAUCACAAACGGAGCAUAAGCAGAGUUGAACGAGAACAAAAUGGACAGGUGCUUCUGGAAGCCUGUGGGAAAAGUUCGACCAUGUGUAUAGCGGAGAAGUCUUUUUCAGAUCAUUCGACUGACUUCGAUAGAAUUCAUAUCACGGUGCGGAACACCAGGGCGGAAAUGAGACAGGAAAAAGCUUGGAGAAGACAGAAAAUAUCCAGCACAAGAGAACGGAAAGCAGCGACAACUCUAGGAUUAAUUUUGGGGGCCUUUGUUAUCUGUUGGUUGCCGUUCUUUGUGAAGGAAGUUAUUGUGAACAUUUGUCAGGCAUGUUACAUAUCUGAUGAUAUGUCAAACUUUCUGACAUGGCUUGGAUACCUCAAUUCCCUAAUCAACCCUCUCAUUUAUACCAUCUUCAAUGAAGACUUCAAAAAAGCGUUCCAGAAGCUAAUGCGAUGCAGACAUUACCUUUGAAGACAAAAUACUUGAAAUAUUUUUUACAAUUUGAUGAAAAAUGUAAAUGAACCUAUGUUGGCAAUGUUAUAAAAUAUAGUUAAUUUAAAUGCCUCCUUAAAGUAAUUGGCGAACCUUUUUUAUUGAACAAAUAUUUUGCAUAAAAAGCAUGUUUUAUUUCUCGACCAAUCAGUUACUUUGGUAACGAAAUACAAUAAACACAGAAACAGGAGUUGUCCUCUUUACCAA